AUGGCAAACAGAGGACCCAGUUACGGGCUGAGUAGGGAGGUUCAGGAGAAGAUAGACCAGAAGUAUACUCUGGACCUGGAGGCCAGACUGGUGGACUGGAUCAUCUUGCAGGUUGGGGGGGACAUAGAACGACCAGAGUCUGGGAGACUAAACUUCCAGAGCUGGCUCAAGGAUGGAACAAUUCUUUGUAGGCUCAUUAACAGCCUCUAUCCCUCUGGUCAAGAGCCCAUAAAGAAGAUCCCAGAGACAAAGAUGGUCUUCAAGCAGAUGGAGAAGAUCUCACAGUUCCUACAGUCAGCUGAAGCUUAUGGGGUGAUCACCGGGGACCUUUUCCAGACAGUGGACUUAUGGGAAGGGAAGGAUAUGGCUGCCGUGCAAGGGACCUUGUCGGCACUUGGCAGUAUGGCGCUCACAAAGGAUGAUGGUCAAUAUCGUGGUGAACCUGAUUGGUUUCAUAGGAAAGCUCAGGGAAACCGGCGGGAGUUUUCUGAGGAGCAGUUGCGUCAAGGCCGCAGUCUGAUUGGCAUGCAGAUGGGGGGAAACACCGGGGCGUCUCAGUCUGGCAUGAGGGGGUAUGGUAUGCCACGUCAGAUAAUGUAA